AGCCGUUUUGGCUCAAACCUUUGAGGUCCCCAUCUACCCUUGCACACUCUUCUUCGUUGCCGCGCCAGUGGCUUUACAUCGCGUCGCCACGCGGCCUGCCUGGGCGAAGAACACUCGACGACGAUGGCUUCCCUGCUGUCCUUCCCUGCAGACAUGCCGAGGGUCACCGUGAAGAACACGUUCAUCGAGGACCUGGACGACCGUGAGCAUCCGAGGCCCGCCGCGCGGAGCUCGUCGAUGCCGCCCUCGAUGGACCGAGCCCUCGGCGUGCGCCGCGCCGCCGAGGCCGACUCGGACAGCGAAGGCCCCGACAGCGAGCACGGGGCGACCGAGCUCCGAGGGAGCUGGGCGCGCGGCGCAGAGCAGUCCCUCCUGUCUCUGAGCACAUACCUCGUCGAGAAGAAGCCCUCCCCAGGCCAGCCACCCCCUGGGGGCGGCGCGGAGGAGCAGUGGGACGGCUUCCCAGGCACCGACGACGAGUGGGAGGGAGCGACGCUGCUCCGCGGGGGCCCCGCCCGCGACCCGCCGCACGACCUCGUGCCCAGGCGCUGCAGCGCUCCGUGCGUCGCCCCCGCCGUCCUGGCCCCCUGCCCUGGCGGCCCGGACGCUCUGCCGCCCCGCGGCCGCGAGUGCGCCCCGCCAGGCACGCUGCCCGGCGCCCCAGCGCAGGCGCGGCGCCGGUGCAGGUGGUGCCGCGGCCGCCUGGGCGACAGGUGCCCGUGCGCGGCCCGCCAGGCCGAGGCCGGCCUGGCCCCUGCGGGCGUGGCGCCCAGCGGCGCCUGCGCGCCGCCGGCGCCCCCGGCCGCCGCGCCGCCGCGCGCGCCCGCGCGCCCGCGCCGGCGGGCCGUCGCGGUGAGGGACGUGCCCGCGGACGCGCAGGGCGCGCCCGGGGCCCUCGCGCAGGCGACGUUCCGGGUCCGCUGCCCCGGAGGGGGCGCGGGCAUCGUGGUGGAGCGGCUGGUGCCGAGGACCCGGCUGAGCAGCUGGGCGCAGGAGUGGGCGGCGCACGGCGCCGCGGCGGCCCCCGCCGUCGCCGCCGCACCCGCGGGCCGCACGAGGCUCAGCAGCAGCGCUCUCGCCUGGCGGCCCGCCUCGGCGGAGCUGGCAGGGGCGCCGGCGCCGCGGGCAGCCACGGGCGCGGUGACACCAAGGUUCGGCCUCGCGCUGCUGCAGCAGGUGAGGGCGGGUCUGCAGAAGAACGUCUUCGUCGCUGGGGUCACCAUCUCGGCCCACGCGGCGGGCGGCUGGUGCGUGCGCCUCGGAGUGCGCGGGCGGCACCUGUUCAUGAGGGACCACGUGCUGGCUUGCGCCCAGGAGGCCCUCCUGGACGCCCUGGACGCCCUCGAGGCGCUGCGUGCGCGCCUGCCGGGCGGCCGCGGCGGCGGGCGCGGCGUCCCGGCGACGCUCUUCGACCUGGUGGUGGAGCACGCGCCCUCCGAGGAGGAGGAGGAGAGGAAGGUGGAGGAGGACGCUGGGGCCCCGCGCCUCACUGUGCCCCGCUCUGUGGGGGGUAGCUGGCGUAUUGCCCGUCGCCUCGCUCGAUGCAUUGCUCCGUAUGGAUCUGCCACGUGGCAUUGUUGCUCGUUCGACGCGCGAUCUUUUUCCGAUUGGAUAUGCAAUUCUCCUAAGGCGACCGCACGGUGCGCAAAAGCGGCCACCUUUGCUGUUCACUUGCCUGCCUUCUUUCCGCCGUUUUUUUUUUGC